AUGGAGGGCGUGGAGCUCGUAGUGCAUGUAGCUCUGCCAAGUGGGAAAAGAGCAACUCUCGCUGUUUCAGAGAUGUCCACAGUUGGCGACCUAAAGCACCUGGCACAGAAGGCCUUUCUCCAGGGCUUCCUGCGACUGGUGACUUCAUCGGGUCAGGUCCUGAUGGAUACCGGGGCAUCCCUGCAAUCUGCUGGAAUUCAGACAGGAGACCAGCUGAUAGCUGUUGCACAGGCACCAAAGGUAGCUGCGACCCACGGUUCCUUUGCCCUGUGGCUGUAUGGAGGUGACAAGGUCAUCACCUGGGGCAAUCGAGACUGGGGGUUCCGCCGCAUCCCGACCCCGGAUCAGCUCAGGAAUGUCGAGCAUGUGGUGGCCACCAACGCAGCGUUCGCUGCACUCCUGGCUGAUGGAUCAGUCGUGGCAUGGGGCAACCCGCACCAAGGCGGCAACAGCUCGACGGUAAAGGAUCGGCUCAUCGGUGUGCAGCAGCUCCAGGCUACGGUGGGCGCCUUUGCCGCGGUCACUUUCGAUGGAUCCGUGGUUACAUGGGGAGCUGCGCAUCUGGGUGGUGACAGCACUCAAGUCCAAGGUCAGCUCACCAAUGUCAGGCAGAUUCACGCCUCGCAAGCGGCGUUUGCGGCGAUCCUGGCAGAUGGAUCCGUAGUAACUUGGGGCGACCCACAGCGUGGUGGUGAUAGCUCUGAAGUCCAAUGCCGCCUGAGGAAUGUAAAGGACAUCUACGCCUCUGAUGUUGCGUUUGCGGCCAUCCUGGCUGAUGGGUCGGUUGUCACAUGGGGCCAUGCAGGCUAUGGUGGGGACUGCUCCGAAGUCCAAGAUCAGCUCAGGGAUGUUCAGCGCAUUCAGGCCACAAAGUUUGCAUUUGCCGCUGUUUUGACGGAUGGAUCCAUCGUGACCUGGGGGGAUCCAGAGCGUGGUGCUGACACCUCCGCAGUCCAAAGCCGGCUCGGGAGGGUGCGCCAGAUUCAGUCCACACAUACCGCAUUUGCCGCGAUCCUCUCUGAUGGAUCCGUCGCCACUUGGGGGUUUAAUUUUCCGGAUGGAGGUGGCGACAGCUCUGCGGUCCAAGAUCAGCUCAGAGGUGUGCGGCAAAUUCAGGCCACUGGGGCCGCUUUCGCCGCCAUCCUGGACAACGGCUCAGUGGUCACAUGGGGGGAUCCUGCCUUUGGUGGUGACAGCUCAGAAGUCCAAGACCAGCUGAAGGAGGUGCAGCAGAUUCACGCCGCGCAGCGCGCCUUUGUGGCCGUCCUGGCAGAUGGAUCCAUCGUGACAUGGGGCGAUCCCAAAAACGGCGGUGACAGUUCCGCAGUUCAGGAUCAAAUUGCGCAGCUGUAG